AUGGCCUCUACAACAAGGGCAUGCGCCAACGCUCUCCGCGCGAGCACCCGCCUGGGUGCCGCCACCCCCCCCUCCGUCCCGACCGCGGCCACGAGACGGUGCUUUGUCGUGGCAGCGACGUCGACCUCUAGGCUAGGGAGAUCCUUGACUCGGGAUACGGCGAAUACAACGGCCGCUUCCAACGUCCGCUUGGGUACUGCCACGGCAGCGACGACAACCCGGAAGACGGCUGCCGCGGUACGGUUCUUCUCCUCGGUGAGGGUGGGGAACGACUACCAUAAGAUUGCGGGGAACGGGAGCAAGCUCUGGAACUUUGAGCAGAUGUCGGAGUUGGCAAAGAACCCCGGAAACGUCGUCAUCGUCGACGCCCGCGAGCCAGAGGAACUCGUAGAGACGGGCCGCAUCCCGACGGCAAUCAACAUUCCCGUCGCCACGACGCCCGAGAGCUUCUUCAUCACCGACGAUGAGUUCGAGGACCGGUACGGAUACCCGCGCCCCGGAAAGGACACGGAGCUGGUGUUUUACUGCAAGGCCGGCGUGCGGAGCCGGGCACUGGCGACGCUGGCAAUGGAAGCCGGUUGGACCAAAGUCGGGGAGUACCCUGGCAGCUUCUUGGACUGGGCUAAGAAGGGCGGUGAGGUUGAGAGGGGUGGGGAGGUCGAGAGGGGUGGCAAGAGUCCUUGGCAGGAGUAA